AUGUCCUCGAGCUCCGCACCUACCUCCGCGAACCCCCCGCGGCCCUCGGUGCCGCCCCGGCCGUCUGCAGCGGUCAUUGUCGUUAAUGCGCGCAACGAGGUGUUGAUGGUCCAGCGGAACCCGAACGCGUCGAACUUCGCGAACGCCCACGUCUUCCCGGGCGGCAACUGGGACGAGAAGCAGGAUGGCGAGGGCGGCCUGGCUCUCACCGCCAUCCGCGAGCUCUUCGAGGAGACCGGGCUGCUGCUCGCCCACCCGCCGCCGUCAGGGCGCAUGCCGUCCGACGCGGAGCUCGACGCCGCGCGCGAGGACAUCCACGCGCAGCGCCGCAUGUUCACCGACUUCCUCGCGCAGCACGCGCUGCGGCCGAACGUCGAAGCCCUCCUGCCAUUCACGCAGUGGAUCACGCCUCCGAUGAUGAGUCCCAGACGCUUCCACGCCCACUUCUACGUCGCCUUCCUCCUCGACGCCUCUCCCGCUUCCAGCUCCUCCUCCCCCACCACCGGCGACCGGCACGACCGCCUCCCCACGCCCGACGGCGGCGCCGAGGUCGUCGCCGCGCGCUUCGCGCACCCCGAGCGCGUGCUCGCCGACGCCGCCGCGCACCGCAUCGCGCUCUUCGCCCCGCAGUUCUACCUCCUCCGCACGCUCGCCGGGCUCCUCGCCGGGCCCGCGAGCCGCGCGCCGCAGCGCGAGCAGGUGCGCGCGCUCGCGCGCGGCGCGUUCGGCCGCAUGGUCGUCAACCCGCGCCCCGUGCCCGACGCGGACGCGGACCGGGACGGCUGGAGCGUGCUCGCGUACGAGGGCGACGAGGCGCGCGGGGGCCCGCGCGGGAGGCGGCACCGGUGCAGGAUCAGGCCGUCCGCCGUGGUGGCGACGAGCGAUAUUGUGCUCGAGCGGAAUUUCGACAUCUUCACCGAGCUCGAGGAGACACUGGGGCAUGGGGCCGCCAGAUUGUGA